UCUAUGGGAGCAAGGAGUGCAAUGUUUCAGCAGGCCAAGGAUUUCCCUCUGAUUCCUCUGAUAUGGAAAUAAACAACAGCAAAUACCCUCAACUUUAAAAGUUCACAAGAAACUAUACACCUGGAAAAUAAGCCUGCUGUGGGUGGCAUAGUGAUUCAGAGGCUUGCGCAAUGGAGCUCUUGGUGACAGAGCUGAAUGUGCUGUUGAAGCUGUUGGACCAUGAGACCCUGAGCACUGCUACAGAAGAGAAGAAAUCAGCCGUGAAGAACCUACUAAGACAGCUGCAGCCCUCAGUCACUGGAAAAGACUAUAUGUACAUGAACACCUCAGUAUACAGAAAUGGAACCAGCUUUGUUGAGUCCCUUUUUGAGACAUUUGAUUGUGACCUCGGGGACCUGAAAGUUGAAAUAGAGGAUCAGAAGAAAGAGUCAGAGAAAAACUACACAGACUACAUUCCCUCUAAGCAAAGCACGACAGAUUCUCCUCCCCCCCUGCCCAACACACCACCUCCGGAGGAUUACUACGAAGAGGCAGUGCCACUCAGCCCUGGCAAAAUGCCAGAAUAUAUCACUAGCCGCAGCAGCUCCAGCCCUCCAAACUCCAUUGAAGAUGGAUAUUACGUAGAUGCUGAGAAUAAUUACCCAACCACGCAAGUGAAUGGACGACGCAAAAACUCCUAUAAUGACUCAGACGCCUUAAGCAGCUCUUAUGAGUCAUAUGACGAGGAAGAGGAGGAGAAAGGCCAGCGUUUGACGCACCAGUGGCCCUCAGAGGAGAACUCCAUGGCCCCGGUGAGAGACUGCCAUAUCUGUGCCUUCCUUCUGAGGAAGAAACGUUUUGGCCAGUGGGUCAAACAGCUCACUGUCAUUCGUGAAAACAGACUACAGUGCUAUAAAAGCUCUAAAGACCACUCGCCCUACAUGGACAUUCCACUCAGCCUGUGCAACGUCAUCUACGUUCCCAAAGACGGGCGAAGAAAGAAGCACGAGCUGCGUUUCUCUCUUCCUGGAGGAGAGGCUUUGGUGCUGGCAGUGCAGAGCAAGGAGCAAGCCGAGAAAUGGCUCCAAGUGGUGCGUGCCGUUACAGGUCAGGGGAAUGGGUUGGACAGCCCAUCAUCUACCUUGAGUCCUAGGAAGAUUGAACUGGAUAAGUGGCUGUCUGUGGAGAAGCAAACCUCAGAUUCUGACAGUGUGCCAAGUGGAGAGAGUGCCCGUGACAGCCGAGAAAAUGGUAAACAUAAGCGUGGUGCACUGUCAGAGCUUACAGGCACCGUAAGCCGAGCAGCAGGAAGGAAGAUCACAAGAAUUAUCAGUUUCUCCAAAAGGAAGCCUCCACUACCAGGAGACAGCCGCACCUCACUCGACCAGGACCCUCGGUGUGGUUAUGUGGGUGUGCUGGUAAAUCAGUGCUGGAAGGAGCACUGGUGUCGUGUGCGGGCUGGAUCUCUCUACCUUUAUCAUGAGAAAGGAGAACAGCGAAUUCCCCAUAGCAUUGUGGCUCUGAAAGGCUGUGAAGUUGUCCCAGGUCUGGGGCCCAAACACCCUUUUGCUCUGCGUAUACUGAGAGGAGGGGCAGAGGUGGCAGCUUUAGAGGCGAGUUCCUCGGAGGACUUGGGCCGUUGGCUGGGAGUUCUGUUGGCUGAGACCAGUUCCUCUGCUGACCCGGAGUCCCUUCAUUAUGACUAUGUAGAUGUGGAAACUAUUGCCAACAUACGCACAGCCGCCCGUCACUCUUUCCUAUGGGCGACAUCCACAGAUUCAAGAACAUAUGAUGAGGUCCCUUUUGAAGCCAUGGAGGAAAAUGAGAGGCUUAGGGGAGGAACCCAAAUAAAACAUCAUUCUUUCUCCAGCAGUGACCCUGGAAAGCCCAGUCCACAAAUCACACUUAAGCGCCACGGCUCCAACGCAAAUCAGUAUGGGAGGUAUGGGAAAACACGGGCACAGGAGGAUGCACGCCGAUACUUGAAAGAAAAAGAGGACCUGGAGACAGAAAUAGACCGUAUCAGAAGUGCACUGAUCUCUCUGCGGAAGGACAAACGAGAGACCAAAGAGAAGAUGCAAGGUGCAACCGAAAAGCUAAAGUUGGCUUUAGAGGAGCGCGUAACCCAGCUGGAGGAGAGCUGCCGAGUGAAAGAGAGUGAGCGUGUAGAUCUAGAGCUCAAGCUCACUCAGGUAAAGGAAAACGUGAAGAAAUCUCUGGCUGGUGGAGCACUGGGGGCAGCUGCAGAUUUUAAACCAACAAGCAAGACUCAAAGGACUGAGACUCCAUAUACUGAGUCAUUUCUACCUGUCAACUGUGCCUCAGAAAUGCGCAAGUGGCCCCCCUCCAACUAUGCAUCCACAAAGGGAAAUGUUAUGCAGAAAGCCAAGGAAUGGGAAUCCAAGAAGGGGACAUAAGGAAACUACUGAUCAGGAAAACCCAAAGACUUGCCAUGUCAAGUUUAACAAGAGAACUUUCCUGCCAACGUCCCCUAACUCCGACUGCUGUAAAUGCAAGUCCAUUGACUAUGGUCACUGCCACAUUUAUGACCUUAUAAUUGAAUUACAAUGACAAAGCAGUAGCUCCUUUUUUACAGUCAAAUGAUGUGCCGUUGAAGCCUUGUGAAGAAGUUCCAUAAUGUUCGAGACACAAACCAGUGAUAUCAGAGGCAGAAGAAUGAAUGCGGGAUGAGGAAUAAUAGUUUGGUCAGUUGCAAGUGCAAGGAAGAGUUAUGUUGUGGAGAGCUGGAAGUUGAAGCAGAUGGAAAUGCAUGGGAGACAACCCACUUGAUUUAAGGAAUACUGAUUUUAAAUUAAGAGUUGAGUGUUCUGUAAAAAGUGUUUAACUCUGUUCUUAAAAACCUUUUUUAUACUUAGAUCCUUGUGAAUCCUGCACUUAACCAAGUGGUGCUAUUAACAGUGUACAUGAAACAAAUUGUACAUAUCAUGUUGCAACAAUCACUACAACAGCAUACUUUAAAAUUCAGCUAUUUUGUAUACACUUGUUUUAACCCAUUGUUUUCCCUUUAUCACUUUUUAAUGUGAGUAACAUUUGCACUUUAAUGUCUUUUGACAUGGAGAUGGGUAAGGGAAUAUUCUUUUAAUAAAGAUCU